AUGGGCGUGGGACCGCCUCGUCUAGACAAAUACGACAAGAUUCUCUCACGUCUUUUUGAGAAUCUUGCACUGUUCCAUGUCCUUAAAGGCAUUGAUGGCCCUCAUAUGAUCACCGCCCAUGCUCCAACUGAUGUUCGAGGUAUCAGGCGCAGGUUCCUCAAAAACUUGUGUUUCAUCUGCGAUUACCGAAAGGGCGGAGACACUACUACUUCAAUCGCUCUAGAAUCACAGACAAACGAGGUUAUUCUCUGGGUUGCCGCGAACUUCACGCCGCACAAUAAUGUCAUUCUGUUCCUCGACGAUAUUCUUCAGCAGCUACAAAGGGACCCAAAAGGGACUGAGGAAGGACGAGAAAGGCUGAGAAAGAAGUUGACAAAGAAAUGCGUUGACUUUGCAGCCCCAAGACUGAAGAAAGAGUGCAAGCUAUUAUUGCGGGCUACUCGUUACUGCGAAAAGUAUCUUAAAGAAGAUGCCACAGCUGUCCAAGGAGCUGAAAGAAGAUCCCUCCUAGAGUGGCUACCUCGAUUCUCUGCCACUAAUAUUGACACUCUAGUCCUCUGUCAAACUGCUUACGAUUCUCGACAUGAUCCUCAGAUGUCGAGCCUUGGGUCUCUGAGUAGAGAGCUUGGCGUUGCACCUCGAGAAACUGUAAUGAGCAUCAAGGCAGUCAGACAUUUAAUAGGUCGUCUUGCCGAGAGAAUCCGCAUUCCAACGCUUCUGAUCGAAGACUUUCUCAAGUUAGGACUACUGUUCAACUCUUAUCAGAUCAAGAAAGUUCAGGCCCCUACCUCAGCAAUUGUUCCACCUGCGGAUGGACUCAGGAACCUCAACUCCAUCUUGAAAAGGAUACUGCAGCCUGGGGAUCCCCGCUUUAAGGAUAUGCAGAGUUAUCUCGCUCGAUUAGAUGGGCCACUCAAACUGGAAGAAGCCAUUAGAUCCAUGUACGACGAGGAUAACGGCCAAGCACGUGUGCACUCCGAGAUUCAAGUGCUAGAAGAAUUCCAUCGCAACCAACGAAGCUUCGUCGAUGGUGAUCGCUAUAUAGCAUGCAGCAAGCUUGCAUGUCUAUGCUGCAAAUUCUACUUUAGGCACCACCCUGGAAGGUUCGAGGAGCCCGAGUCUCAUCAGAAAGCGUACCUGAACUGGAGACCUAUUAAGUUGCCAGGCGGGUGGGAGAAUGAGCACUGGCCACACCAGCGUAAAGCCUUGGGAAUGCUUAGUAGUGAGCUGAGUACAGCAGUUGAAAAGCAGAUCGAAACUCAGCAACAGCCUACCCCAUGGCAGCCCGACUCUGUAACGAAUAUCACCGAGACUAUAAGCUCUGUAAGCCUCGGCGAGGCUGAGGCUGACGAAGUCUUGGGAAUCGGUGAUGGAUGGAGUGAUGAUGAGUUUAUUACAGAUGAAUGCCAGUUGUCGAACGAUAUAUUGACAUCAAUCCUCACAGAUUCUGCCUCAUUGGCACAUAUAAAUGAAGAUGAAUUCAGCGAUCAAAGUGAGGAUAGUGAUACUGAGUCGGACGGAGGCGCAGGAUUGGAUGCUUGA